UAGAAAAUUGUCAUGGAAGAUAGGCAACUGAAUUACAACCGGCCCCUCCUUUCUACGAGGCGGUUCCCGUCGACGCCAACUUUUUCUGGAGGAGCUAGAGAUCAGGGCAUAACAGGCAAUCCUCUCGCCAAACUCCCUCCUCUUCCUCCUGCAUACAGAUCAGAGCUAAAGUCAGGUCCGAUAAGUAGUCCAGGAACAGUGCCAUUUACAUGGGAAUGGAGCCCCGGGACGCCCAAACAUGAGCGCACCAUGCAGAUCCAAACUCUUAGACCACCUCCUGCCAGCCCCAAGCUUUCUUCAGGCAGAACUAUGAAUGUUAAAGAGCAGUCCUUGGACAAAGUCUCCAACAGUAACUGCAAUGUUCGAUCCCGAAGAGUAAAUGUCCUACCAAAUGACGCAUCUAAAGGGGGAGAAGCAGCAGCAGCAUGCGAGGGCUCCAAGAAGGGUGUUUUAGAGGAAGGGGAUGAGGUAUAUGUCGAUGCACCGGACACUCUUUCUAGGACUGAGUCAUUCUUUUUGAACUGCAGUCUCAGUGGUAUAAGCGGGUUGGAUGGUCUAGACAAUGGAGUAUCUGGGAAAUUCUAUACGAAUCCAGAAAUGCAGGAUUUCAUGAUGGAUCGUUUCUUGCCUGCAGCACAAGCAAUGGCAUCGGAAACGCCUCCACGUCCUACUAGGAAACAACCUCUGAAAAGAGAGCAACCAAAGUUUGUCAAGCGGGCUAUAAAUGUGGUUAAGCAGCAGCGAGAACAGCAUUAUAGGCCAACUGCUAUAUCCCACUGUGCCCCUGAAUUAAUUGGUCUGGAUAGCCGAGGUGAUGACGACGAUGACAACAGUGAUGGUGAAUCUGACGAGCCCGAAAAGUCAUCUUUCAAAGCCCGUGGGUUGCUUUAUCGCUUUUGCCUGAAGUCAUUUUGUCUCUUAAACCCAGUGCCAAGGGUCAAGACACGGGCUGCUGGACAUGUUUCAUUAGCCCGUAGGGUGCAAGCCAAGUCUUCACGUAAUGCUUCUAGCAAUGAAAGAAGCAGUGAGCACGCUUGUGAUUUAGUAAGCCAGCAAAGGUACGUCAAUCAAGUGCCUGGGACUCAAGAUGAGAAGCUUGUGCUGAAUAGCAAAUCAAGCCCAAUCAACAAAAUCACUUGCAUACGAGAAUCUCCAAGAGCAGAUCGGUCAUUCGAGAGCAGGAAUUUUCAAGGAGUCAGCAGUGUACACUUCAAGACUGAAUCAUCUCAUCCAAUUCUUCGAGAAGAGAGAAAUUUUUUUGGGAAUACUAGGUCAACUGAGAACUCGAGGGUGGAUGGCUUCAUUCCUCCAGGAAAAUUUCUCCCCAGCUUUCGAGAAUUUCUGAGUAGUGAGGAAAAUGCAGGGAAUGCAGGCUUCACAGCUCCCUCAGUUGAGAAGACUUUGUAUGUUGACCGUGUGCAUGUUAUAAGAUCUCGUAAUUCAGAUACAAGUUCCUCUGAUAAGACAGGAAUACCUGACUUCAGACGAGAUGAUUUUGCAGCUGGUGAAAUGAACUAUAAGUUCCAAGAAGCUUGCUCUGUUGACUUUUCAGCUGAGGAAGACAAGUAUUCGAGUGCUUUAGAUGAAACGGAGACAGAGAAUGACAGAUCAGAGUCCACCGACUGCAUAUUACCCUUUCCUCACCAUAGAUUCAAUGAGGAUACACAAAUUGAUGUCAACAGGUCCAGGCAGAGCAAUGAUGUGAAAAUAACCUAUGAAGUCUGUGGUGAUGGGAAGAAUGAUCUAGGAUGCCACUUUUCUUUGAGAUCUGGUGACAUUAAAAAUUCUUGUGACAAUGGUUCAGAUCUCCCCAUUCCCCCACCAUUGCCACAGUGCCCGUCAGAGUCUUGGCUAAACCGUACCUUGCCGUUUACACUCUCUAGAAACUCGCCUACACGAUUUUCCCCAGGUUUGCUUGAUUCUGACGGGUCAAAAACUUCCAACUUCUGUAAUAUUAGUUCCAAGUGGGAAACAACGGUCAAAAAGUCUGAUCAAAUGAGGGGCAUUUAACUUCUCAGAAAGCAUACGGUGGGCACUUCAGUAAAUGUUUAUAGUCGUGCUUUAUCGUGUGCAUUUUCUUGUGUAUGUACUAUUCCUUCUUUCAUCAGGAAUUACUGGAGCUUUUGCCACAAGGUAAACGUUGACCUCAUCUAAAUUCCAUGCAUGCAUUGUUCAGUGUGGCCUCACUCGUUGAAGACCCAAUCCUGCCUAUGUCCUGCUCUGACCUAUUGCACAAGUGAAGUGAGAAGAGUUUCAGGCCAAUCCUCAAAAUUUCUCUUUCGGUGUUGUGUUCAUCUUGCAGACCUCCUUCCUGCAAAACCAUCCACAGAGCUCGCUGUCCACCUUGGUGUAUAUAAAGCCCUGAUGUCUCCACAACCUUGUGCAAUUGAGCGCUAGUUGCCUGGAGAGAAUCACAUUCUUAGAAUUUACAGGGUAACUUAUGCAAGUAGGGCUUUGGCCUGUGGGAAGGGAACCCAUUGUUCCUAAACAGAAGUGUAUUUGCCUGGAAUGCUCGUGCGAUCGUUUGUUAGCACUAAACUAUCGCAAUCGUGAGAAAUUAUUGUCUACAGUCUUUCUUCUAAGGCAAAGCCAAAUAAAUUAUGUAUCAAGAAAUA